GAGGGAGUAUUAAUUUUGGUUGUAGCGUCACAACUCACACAACACAGCACACGCCUCCUUCCUUCCCUUCCUUCAUUCCCUCCUUCCCUCCCUAUCCGCUCUGUCACUCCCCACCGUUCUCUGUCGGCCUCUUCUCUUCUCUGCUCUGCUCUGCUCACUUCCCUUUUCUAUAUUAAUAUAUAUCCCCCUCUCUCUGUCUCUCUGUGUAAAGUGUAAUUGCCGCCUUUCAAAUUCCAAUACGCUAAGUCUGAGGCCAUAGCAGGCAGCUGUUACCUGCUUCUCUGUUCUCCACAUCCAAAUCGAAUUUAAUUCCAGUAGGGGAAGCUAAGGUAUCUGGUGUUCGGCUGCUGCCUUCUCUUUCGCCGCUUCUGCUGUUUUUAUUUGGAGUAACCAACGAGCUCGUUCGAAAUUUCAUGACAUAGCUGAAGUUUAUAAACCAUGCCAGCGUGAUGUGGUCAAAACUGAACUGAAACAUCAGUGCUGGAUGAUUAUUUCCAUGCCGUAUACAGGAGGAGUCAGAUUUUACUGGGUUAAUUGAACUUACAAGAACUGAGCUUAACCACAGUGUAAUCUUCUAUAUAUCAUAUGGAUCGACAGGACACUUCAGGAUUUGUAAGUGGGGGUGCUUUGUUCUCUUGUAGACGCAUCUAACCCAUAACUUUGUAUAUAUACAUAUCUUUUACCCGGAAGUCAGGAGGCUGUUCUUUUCAAAUUCAUAGAUAGAAUUGGAUAUUGUUUCUACAAUUAUUUCAUGGAUGCAAGGUUCCAGAACUUGGGAUUUGCUGCAAAUCAUUCUGCAAAUGCAUUCAAGAUUUUGAGCAAUUCUAUGCAAGUUGAACGAAGUGGAGCUGAUUAUUGUGGUACAGAUACCAUUUUACGACUCGAUUCCCCAGGUUCUUCAAUUCCUUCCUGCAUGCACUCCUGUAAGGGAACUAAACGGAAGUGGGAUCUGAUUGAUGGAAGCAUGGGUCAGAGAGCUGGCUCUUCCUUGUCUCUUGGGCUUGGCCGUUCAACAAGUUCCUCAGACAGCAAGGGGAGCUCAACCAUUGCUUGCACUGCUAUAUCUUCAGCCAAAGAUAUUGACGAAGAAUCAUCUAUGGAUCUUGACUUGGACUUCUCUCUUCAUCUUGGAUGUGAGAAAGUACAGAGCCCAAACAAACUUGUUAGUUCAAAUUUGAAGACAAUGGAGCUGCAGCCCAAGUUUGAUUUGGAGUUGAGUCUUUUGACUGGGCCCUGUGAAUCGGAUAUUACAAGUGUUCAUCUAAGUCCAACACCUCCUCAGUUGAACAUGGAGAUGCCUUUGGUGUUCACUGGGACACAAAAUACAGAAGAGGGAUCAUCAUCAUGUAACUGGAAGCCCGGGCUUGUUUUCCCAUCAUCAAAUACCUCUUUAGAUAGAGACACUGGUUUCCUUUUAAAACCAAAUGCAAAGCAGUUUGAUCAUAGUCCCAUUGUUCAGGACCUCUCAUCGAGCAGACCAAAAAGUUCAGUCACUUGUACUUCCGGGCUGUCACAGCAUCAUCAACCAGUACAUCGCUCCAACAAUACAAAGAUAUGUCAAGUUGAGGGAUGUGGAAAGGGAGCCAGAGGUGCUUCUGGCCGAUGUAUAUCCCAUGGAGGUGGUAGGAGGUGCCAGAAACCUGGGUGCCACAAAGGAGCUGAGGGUCGUACUGUGUACUGCAAGGCCCAUGGAGGUGGCAGGCGAUGUGAAUACCUUGGUUGCACAAAGAGUGCAGAAGGGCGUACAGAUUUCUGCAUUGCCCAUGGUGGUGGCCGAAGAUGCAGUCACGAAGGUUGUACCCGAGCUGCCAGGGGGAAAUCUGGAUUAUGUAUUCGCCAUGGGGGUGGCAAGAGAUGCCAGAGAGAAAAUUGUACCAAGAGUGCAGAAGGCCUGUCAGGUCUCUGCAUCUCACAUGGGGGAGGUCGUCGAUGCCAAGCUCUUGGAUGCACAAAAGGGGCCCAGGGGAGCACAAUGUUCUGCAAAGCACAUGGUGGGGGUAAACGGUGUACGGCCCCCGGGUGCACCAAGGGUGCUGAGGGAAGCACCCCCUUUUGUAAGGGCCAUGGUGGAGGAAAACGCUGUACAUACCAAGGUGGUGGAGUUUGCAGUAAAAGCGUGCAUGGAGGGACCAACUUCUGUGUGGCACAUGGCGGUGGAAAGAGGUGUGCUAUUCCUGGCUGUACAAAGAGCGCAAGAGGACGGACUGAUCAUUGUGUCCGCCAUGGCGGUGGGAAGAGGGCACAUGGGGGUGGCAAGAGAUGCUCUUGGGGCCAUCCUGGGUCAGAAUUUGGCAUCCAACCAGAUGGUCCUUGUAAUUCAUUUGCCAGGGGGAAAACUGGUCUGUGUGCACUUCAUAGUGGACAAGUGCAUGAUAAGAGGGUUCAUGGUGGUGUCUCUCUGGGAUCAACUGUUCAGGAUCCUCAUUCUAGUAAUCCGGAUGAACUAAAGCAGGUACUCCUUGCCAAAGACAUGGAUAUGGGUAUGAUGAAAGUCACAAGCAGCCUUGGCAAUGCUGCUCCGGGGACUUACUCUGAUAUUAAACAAUAUGAAGCUGCAAGCUCUAAUGUCUCUGCCGAGGAAGGCGGUCACAUGCCAUCACUCACUAUUCCUGAAGGUAGGGUGCAUGGUGGAAGUCUGAUGGCAAUGCUAUCAGGGAGUUCUGUUCGUGGCUCAAGCAGUGGGAAAGGCGUUGCCAAUGAUCCAUCCGAAGCUGUUAAAGGCUACAUCAUGCCCAGGAGUUGGAUUUAAGGCUAGUCAUCGUUUCUGUUUCAUGGUUCCAUAAUUGGCAUAUUUAUUAUCUACAUGUUUCAUGGUUACUCCCUUUGAUGUCGGAUUGUUGGCGAUUGGGUUUACUCUCUAAUGAAGAGAUUACGCAAGUCGUUUGAUAAACAAUCUUAUGGAGGGGCUUAUAUCAAGGUAGGACUGUGUACUUUUGAUUAGGUAGUGCGUGUUGCUCUUCCUCUUCUCCUUGUUCAUGUGUCUGUAAAUAUUACAUCUGAUAAAACGUCUAGCAGGUUUGGAAUGCUGGUUGCUACCUAUAAGGUCUUUCAGUGUGCCAUUGUAUUAUUUCUAUUCAUAAUAAAGCUAGUUCGUAUGUUGUGUUAUUUUAUAGUUUACUCUAGAGAACUGCUUGUCAGGCUUGCAGCCUACUGGACUAUUGUUGCUCCCAUUUGGCAAUUUCUGCUGUUAUUAAUAGACACCGUUGUCUUUUAGAUGUUCAA